AUGUCGGACUUACGCUAUCCUACCGCAUCACCGGCAAUGGUAAAGGACAUCAUGAAUGAAGUCAUAGUUCUAUAUCUUCAUAACUUCAAUGAUACAGUCGAAGUGAUUGUAGGUAAGGAUGAAGAGGAAUUGAGACUCCAAUUUGCAUCCAAAGUCUUGGCGUUGCAUUCAGAAUAUUUCCGCGUAAAAAUCGAAAUUGAUUCAUUAGUACAGCAUGCCAAGAGCGAACCUCUCGUUAUCAAUCUCUGCGAACAAGACAUCGGAGCAUUGGAAGCUUUUUUCGUCUGGAACACAACUGGCGACAUUCUUUCCUCGGAGUCACUUUCUCCUGUCACUGUAGACCCCAAUACGGCGGUAAUAACGGCAGAGAAGCUUGAUGAAUACGUCAAUUUUUGGGAUCGGCUUUUGGAAUGCUACUUUUUGGCAGAUUUCCUGGGUGCCCCGGCCUUUGGUAAUGCCACCAUGGAUGCGUUACUCGAAGCUAUCGAUAAUGAAACGAAAGAUCGAGAAAAACUGGAAUCAAAGUUCGAAGUCUCCGCGCCACAUUUGGAAGUCGACAACUCCGAAGAUGAUCACGAUCAUUCUGAUAAUGACGAAGAUGAAAGUGAUGAUGAGGAAGAUCAUCGUGGCGAUGUUGAACGUCGAUGGGAAGCAGGUGAACAUCGAGACCCCUUUGACAAGAAUCUGCCUCGACAAGAGAUUAGACAAAUGCUUGGUACUUUGCCCCACCAGAUCCGACGAGUUUACUCCAUGACCAAAGCAGAUUCGCUGCUCCAGAAGAUGCUUGUGGAUAAAAUCAUGAAACAGAGUACGGAUCAUCAUCCUUACUACGAAAAGCUGAAUGGCUUGCUCAAGGAGGGUAUGCCAGUAGAAUUUCACCAAGAUUUGAUGAAUGAAAUGAUGCGUAGCUUCACUAUAGUCCAUCAAAUUAGCCAAGGCACCGACUCUAAACGUCUAAGCGCAGAUUGUCGAGCUUUACGAAGGUGCUACUAUCACAUUCAUAGAGUCGGAGAGAGGUGCCCCAAGCCCGAAUCCGAUUCUGGAUCGUGA